UAUUCCCAGCUAGCAAGCGAGCUAUAUAUACGGUCAUGUCCACCCGAUGAGACGGCACCUCUCACUGGCAUCAGAGAGCACCGGACACACACUGACCGACAUGGUGUCUCACUCUCACCUCGAGAUGGGCGGCGCGGCGGGGAUCAAGCUCUUCGGCAAGGUCAUCACGCGGCAACCGACACGCCAGGGUACAGAUGGCGGCGGUGGUGGUGUGCCAUCCAAGGCACAGCAGGCGCCAUCCAUGUCGUCGUCGUCGUCAUCGUCGGGGCGCGGGAGCGUGGAGCAGCUGGAGGAGGCCGCGAGGGCGCGCGCCGCGGCUGCGGAGGCGCGGCUGCCGUGCCCGAGGUGCCGGAGCGAGGACACCAAGUUCUGCUACUUCAACAACUACAACGUCAACCAGCCGCGGCACUUCUGCCGAGCCUGCCACCGCUACUGGACGGCCGGCGGCGCCAUCCGCAACGUGCCCGUCGGCUCCGGCCGCCGCAAGAACAGGCCGGUGCUGCACGGUGCCUCGACGGUGAUGAGCGCCGACAACCCCUUGGCAGGAUCAGCGUCUCAGGGGAUGGUGAAUGGGCUUGGCUUCCAUCCCGAUCAUGGAUGGUCUCAGGUCGUGCCGUCGCCGGCUUACCUCGGCCACGGAGAGAUGGAGCAGUGCUGGUGGCUCGUUCAUCAGUACCCAGCCCAAGGUCAGGUCAACGGGGACGUCCAACUAAGCCCUUCGUCUCUGCGGGUCAACCAAUACGCAUGAAAAAUAAUUCUCCAACUUGCAUUUCUUGCCGUAUGUUCAAUAAUAUGUCGACUGAAUCUACCAGAGUAUAUCAUGUAUAUGACGCUAUUGAAUUCA